CCCUCCCAAAUGUCUGCUACUCCUUACCCCUCCCUUUUCCUAGCUUGGACACCUCUCACCCCAUUCUCAUUCAUAUACCCUUGAGGUUCCCAGCCUCAAUAACCCACUUUUCAUCUUGCUCUUGAAGCUGUCCAUACCAGGACCCCAUAUCUCCUCUGCAUGUACUCUGUACUUCUGUCUCCAGAUCCAGCCUCCCUUCCCUCUGAGGCUCUCCAUUCUUUUCUCUCCCCUGGUUCUCAGAACUGUUCUCCUUCUGCAUCACAUCCCAUCUUCUAGUCUGUCUGUCCCAUCCCUUCGCCACCAUGACUGUGAUGGUUGGGGAGAACAUGGAUGACACUUCUGCUUUGCCAGGCCACCCGCAGGACAGCUACCGGCCUGGUGCUCAUGAUGACCACGAAUGUUGCGAGAGGGUUGUCAUCAACAUUGCUGGCCUGAGGUUUGAGACACAGCUGAAAACUCUGGCCCAAUUCCCCAACACCUUGUUAGGUAACCCCAAGAAACGCAUGCGAUACUUUGAUCCACUGAGGAACGAAUACUUUUUUGAUCGGAACCGACCUAGCUUCGAUGCCAUCCUCUAUUACUAUCAGUCUGGAGGACGGCUUCGUAGGCCUGUCAACGUGCCCUUAGACAUGUUCUCUGAGGAGAUUAAGUUCUACGAACUGGGGGAGGAAGCCAUGGAAAAGUUCCGGGAAGAUGAAGGGUUCAUCAAAGAGGAAGAGAGACCCCUGCCUGAGUCGGAAUACAAGCGCCAGAUAUGGCUCCUCUUUGAGUACCCUGAAAGUUCUGGGCCGGCCCGGAUCAUUGCCAUAGUCUCUGUCAUGGUGAUUUUAAUAUCCAUAGUCAUCUUUUGCCUGGAAACUUUGCCAGCAUUGAAAGCGCCUGGCAGGGAGUAUACAGAACCCCUAAACCGCAGCGACAACUCCACCAUCGUGCAGAAAUUCAAUAUCUUCACUGAUCCCUUCUUUGUUGUGGAGACCCUGUGCAUCAUUUGGUUUUCCUUUGAGUUGGUGGUGCGUUUUUUUGCAUGUCCCAGCAAAGCUGAGUUCUUCAAGAACAUCAUGAACUUCAUUGACAUAGUUGCUAUCAUCCCUUACUUCAUCACCCUGGGCACAGAGAUGGCCGAACAGGAGGGGCCCCCAAAGGGGGAGCAAGCCACCUCUUUGGCUAUCCUGAGGGUCAUCAGACUGGUAAGAGUCUUUAGAAUCUUCAAACUCUCCAGACACUCUAAGGGCCUACAGAUUUUGGGACAGACCCUCAAGGCGAGCAUGAGGGAGUUAGGGCUGCUUAUCUUUUUCCUCUUCAUUGGGGUGAUUUUGUUCUCUAGUGCGGUGUAUUUUGCCGAAGCGGAAGAACCUGAUACUCAUUUCGGCAGCAUCCCCGAUGCUUUCUGGUGGGCAGUGGUUUCCAUGACCACUGUGGGAUAUGGUGACAUGUACCCUGUGACAAUUGGAGGCAAGAUAGUUGGCUCCUUGUGUGCCAUCGCUGGUGUGCUGACAAUUGCCCUGCCUGUACCUGUCAUUGUGUCCAACUUCAACUACUUCUACCACCGAGAAACAGAGGGGGAAGAACAGGCUCAGUUACUUAAAGUUAGCUCUCCUAAUUUAGCAUCUGACAGUGACCUGAGUCGCCGUAGCUCCUCCACAAUCAGCAAAUCUGAGUACAUGGAAAUUGAAGAGGAUAUGAAUAAUAGCAUAGACAAUUUUAGAGAGGCUAACCUCAGAACUGGCAACUACACCAUAGCCAACCAAAACUGUGUUAAUAAAAGCAAGCUGCUCACUGAUGUUUAAAUAUAUAUAUAAAUAUAUGUAUACAUAUAUGUGUAUAUAUAUAUAUCUAGAAAGGAGACACACCGGCAGCUUGAAGACUCUAAGUGAUCUGCGGUCACUCUUUGUAGAUGCUUUAUGAAUAGUCUUUGAAUGCUUUACCUCGUAGAUGCAUUGUUGCAUUGUGAAAUUUUUUGCUCAGCGAUUCAAGAAGCUUUCAGGAUCCAUGAAAAUAUAUUCAUUUUCUGUUGUUGUUUUAUUUUAAAAGGGUAUUUUCCAACUGGUAUAAAUGGUUAACUAUAAGUCUUUCAAGCUAGCCUAGUUAUAAAUAAGAAUCGUAUGCUUAUAACUCUAGAUUUUUUCCCAUUACUUUCAGUUUAUUUUAAUUUUUUUAAAGAUCAACUCAAGAGUGGACUCUUAAAAAUAUUUAAAAUAUGCAUGGAUUCCAGGAAAAGUUUCUAUCAAAACCCUGCACAAUGCAUCCGAACAAUUUGCAGCAGAAAUGUGCGGCAAGUGUUUGCCAUUCUUUAGACUGACCAAGAUCUUUUUCCUUCCCUUACAAAAGGUUUUGUAGUUCUGAUCUACAGAUCCACACACAGCACCUUAUUGAAAACAUGCCAGGUCUUUUUGGUUUUCGCUGUAUACACUCUUAAAUUUUGGGGGGAAAGACAACAUCUGCAAUGCUGCUAAGGUUUCUUAAAUGCAGAUGGCUUCAGUGUACUUCUCCCCCCUACCCUUCUCCAGAACUGGAUGCAAACCUUUUUAGCUCCUUCGUUGCAAGAUAGCACAAUAGAAUUUACUAUAAGCAUGUUUGACUUUGAUACUAUCUAUUUUAUAACUGCAUGCCUGGAACAUUACCUCAGACGAUAGGGGAUAAGCUUUCGUUUGAACCAGUCUUCUUUAAAAUAGGCCCUUUUUUUUUUGUUUGUUUCGAUUUGCAUUCACCAAAAGUGCACUCCUUUUUAUUUAUUAAGUAUCGGAUUAUUAACUAAAAGUACUGUAUUUAAGUGCGUAUGUUAGUCAAAUGGGAACAAUAACUUUUGGAGAUCAAAGCAUGUUCAAAUAUUCAGCAUUAUGGCCUAUUUGACUAAGGUGUAACUCAAAAUUAAUUAAUGCAUGAUUUCAGUAAUAAAUACAAAAAAAAAUAAUAAUUGCUUGUUGGGAAUUGAGGGCCAGGAAGAGCUCACCGGAGGGACUUUUCUUUUUCCUGCAUUGCUCAGGGAAAUGUGUUGGCUUCUGUCCAGGCCUUGUUGGAAAGUAACAUAUCCCAUCCCUUAAAGGGAAAGCUAUAUGGAAAAUUAUGAAGCCCAGUUUAUAUAUAGCAAUGCCUAAAUAAUCUGUAUCUCUUAGAGCAGAAAAAAAGGUGCAGAAGCAUGCCUUUUUGGUGCAUUCUUAGAAUGUAAAAUGGAAUUUAAUCUAUUAUAUGCAUCCAAAUUACAGCCCAGUUCCUUUCAGUUAUUGUUUGAACCAUAGAGACAUUUUGUACUCCCCUAGGACUCGUCAGAGAGACUCCACCACUUGAUUUUAGAUUGUUGCUUAGUGCCUUUAUCCUUACAGCCACUGAACUGCUGAAAGUGCCUCUAUGAAAAGAGCUGAUUCUGAGUAGGUUGGGGACAGACAGGGCAAGAUCACAAGUGCGCUGGGCCAAGUACAUGCGCAUCAGAGAAAGGGAGGGAGGGAAAUGUUGUGUGAGGCAGAGAGGCAGAGGAAGAGGGCAAAGACCACCAGUGCGCAAGCAUGCCUCAUCCCCCCCCCCCCGGCACUGUUGUACCCCUUUCCUACCAGGCAAGGUGACUUCUGCAGUGCGCUGG